AUGAUUUAUACGUCAUUAUUAUUUUUUUUAAUUUAUACAUUUUCGUCCAUUGUUCAUAAUGAAAAGAUAUAUUAUAACACAGACUAUAAAAAAAACGGUAAUGACAUUUUUUUUAUAAAGAAAUUUUUUAAAUAUAAGAAAAAGUAUCGUAUUAAUGCAAAAGAGUUUGUUAACUUUAAAGAAAUUCAAUUACAAAGAAUAAAUGAUUGCAGAAAAAGAAGUGGGACAGGAAAAAAUAAUAUUAACUAUAAUAUAAGGGAUUCAUAUAAUAGCCAUGAAAAUGCCCUUUUUGUUAGAAAUGAAGUAUUUCCAACAUUAGCUAAAAUAGAAACUGAAAAAUUGAAGGAAAGAGAAAAUAAUAGAGAAAUAUAUAAAAAUAUUAAUGAUUACAAUAGCAGUUUUGAUAGGCGGACGUUUAUACAAUUUCUUAUCGAUUUAUAUAAUAUUUUUUUGAAAAUUGAUGAACUUUUCCUUAUUAACAAAGAUAAAUUUUCUAUUCUAACAUAUAAUGGUCCUAUGAUGUUAACUAAUUAUCUUUAUGAAGAUAUAAUUUAUCUUACAUCCAUUGUUGAGAAUUCGGAAACAAUAACAGCUAGCCAAUAUUGUAGAGAUUAUAUUUACCAUCUUGAAGAAUUAGCCGAAAAAAAUAAAUUAAAAUUUUUAGCCCAUUCUUAUUUAUUUUACAAAAACUUUCAUUUAACUAAAGAGCAUUUAUUAAACAGCAUUUGCAAAUAUUUGAACAUAAUUAAAACGUUAAAAUCAACACGAUAUGUUCCUGAUGUGUCUAAUUUCGAGUAUUGUUUAAAUAAAAUGAGCCGUAAAUGGACACGAUGGGAAAAAGAUAAUUUUUUGGCUAGUCUUCAUGAUGCCACCGAUAAAAUGAUGAUUUUGACAAAACAUUUUGAAAAUAUAAAAAAAUGA